AUGAAUAUGCUGCAGGAAUUAAAUUAGUCUGACUCCGACUCAUAUCCUUAAAAGAAAAGAGGUAGAAGUACAAAUGAUCGUCAAAGUAAAAUUAGAUAGAUUAUAUUAGUGACAAGCUAGGAGAAGUUUGAGUUUUAAAAAUAAUAUUAGUUGUUUCAACUGUUUUAUGAAAGUUGCCAGAACAUUUCAAUAGACUUUGUAUAUCUUAAAGAAUAUUUUAAUGUUGGUUUAAAUGAUUGUCCCAGUGAUGUUGAAAUUUUAAAAAUUCAAAAGAAACUACACAAUCGGCGUUUUUCUUCCAAUCCUAAGAAAAGUUGGGGUUUUGAUGAAAAAAAAGUAUUGAUUUGGGUGAUUGGAAAGUAUUGUUCUUUGAAAUAAAAAAAUUGCAGAUUCUUAAAUGGUGAUGAUUUUAAUGAAAUUGCAUAAUAUUUAUUUAGAAGAAAUGCUGAAAACAUCAAAUAAAAAUGGACAUCUAUGCACAAAUCAUCCUUAAUUACAUAGCCAUUCACUUAAGAAGAAGAUCAGUAAUUAUAAUUAUUAUUUGAAAAAUACAAAAACGACGAAAAUAGAUGGAAACAAAUUGCUUAGGAGAUGAGCAAAGUCAAUCAGAUAUACAGAACAAGUAAGCAACUAAGGGAAAGAUGGAUUAAUUACUUAGACCCAUCGUUAGUUAAAAUUAAAGAUCCUUGGACAGAUAGAGAAGAUUUAGAGUUGAUUUAUUAAAUUUAAUAAAAAGGAAAGAAAUGGACUGAAAUAGCGAAAUAAUUAAAAAGAAAUGAAAAUUAAGUGAAGAAUAGAUUUAAUGGUUUAUUAAAGAGAGAUGAAGUAGAUGAUGAUUUAAAUAAGUUAAUAGAUAAAAUAUUAUGGAGAAUUAGCAAAUAUCCAAUUGAUGAAUUGAACAAUUAAAAUGAAAAAUAGCAUUUCCAUAAUAAUCAUCAUUAAAGUUUAUUACUGGCUGUAGGGAAUAUUGAAUCAAUUACUAGAGAGACUUCCUUUGAAUUGACUCCUUGUAUGGUUAAUUUAAAGACUAAUUAAAUCUUUUUCACUCCUAAUUACAUGUUAUAAGAAAUCCUCUAAUAUUAAUAAUAAGAUAUUGGGGAUGAAUUUGAGAAAAUCAAGAGAGAAAUGGAGAAAUUUGAACCUCCUCAAUUUAGAGUCGCUUCUCUGUCUGUAAUUAGUGAAGAGUAUCAAUAACCAUAACUUUUACAUAAUCAGCACUUUAUACACUCAUUUUCUGAGAUACCCAACUUUGAAUCAUCAAAUUUACCUGCAUCUAUUGAAGUUAAGACAUUCAUUAAUCCAUUUUAUUCCUUAAAGAAUUUGUAGUAAAAGUACGUUCGGUAUCGGACAGAUUUAUUAUUACCAAAAGUAAUGAAUACUAUACCUUGGAAAUCCUAACCCUAAUUAUUAUUUUGUUGA